AUGGCGUCCGUGCGAACCUUCUCAUUGCCGCACUACGAGGCCUACCCUGUCCACGUGGCUCUUUUCAAGGAUGUCAAAAACGCCUCCUUCCUGAGGCGUCAAUUACUCGAGGCCAAUCCAGACUACGACUAUGCCUUCUUGGAUGCAUCCAUGAUACUCACACCCCAUCACCUCCUCUCUGCCACCUUCCUCGCCCUCCACGGCCACUUAACCCACCGCGCAAAAACGCGAACUCCCCAUUCCGAACUAGUUUUUCGCCUCUCACCCAACAACAAUAUCGGAGAAUCCUAUAAGAAAUUUGGCAUCGCCGAUACCACCACCGCGCUCAUUGCCGUUAAACUACCUUUGUCUCCAUCAUCCAUUGCGUUAACAGAUGAAAAGUCUACUUACGAAAAGGAUGAGAGUAUCACGAAUGAGAGCGUAAGUUCGCAUUUGGGAAGUGCGGUAGAAGGAACUAGUGUUGAGUUGGGAGAGACAGGGGAGGAGUUGGGUAUGUGGUGUGAUGUCGACAAGGUGAAGAAGGUGUACAAAUUGGGUGGAGAUGGUGGGAAGAAGGGUAAGAGAGGCGCAGUUAAUGGGAAUGGUGGUGACGUAGAGAGGAGGAAAGCGGAGGAAAAGAAGGACAUUGAAAGCGUUGUUCUGGGUAUUAUUGCCCUGAAAGGGUCGUGA